AUGGAAAAUGCCUCCACCAUUUCCAGCAAUGCACAGGAAUAUUUGUCUGAUACUCACCUUCUACUGUUUGGUUUCUCACUGAUCCCUGUUGUCUUCUUCACCUACCUCAACUGUGUCAUGCUUUUCACCCUGAAAAGAAAGGCAGCAUUCCAAGGAGUGCCUCGUUACAUCCUCUUUGGCCACAUGCUCUUGGCUGACUCCCUUCAGUUUCUAUGUAGCAUGAUUUCAUACUUAAUUGCCGUGGUCAAGGUGUACAUGAGCAAUGGAUUAUGUGGUGUUUUUGUGUCUCUGGCAAAUAUAACAAAUCACAUUUCCCCACUCAACCUGGCUGUAAUGGCUCUGGAGAGGUACUCUGCCAUCUGCUUCCCCCUCAGGCAUGCUGAGAUUGCCACCAGUAAGUGGACUGGUGUAGCCAUUGUCGGGUUCAUUAUCAUCUACACAUAUAUUGCCAUAAUGGUUGAGGCUAAAUCUGCAUCCUCUGACAAAAGCAAAGCUGCAAAAGCCAGAAACACUGUGCUGCUUCAUCUAAUUCAGCUGGGCCUGUGCCUGUCUUCCUUGUCAGUCACUCCUUUAAGUGCUCUGGUGUCACGCUUGGAGGCCCACACAAGUGAUAAUGUUAGUGCUCUGGUGUCACGCUUGGAGGCCCACACAAGUGAUAAUGUUAGGUAUGUCAAUUUCAUGGUUUUUGUCAUUCUGCCCAGGUGUUUGAGUCCGCUGAUAUAUGGGAUGAGGGAUGAAAUGUUCAGGCCUGUGUUUAUUUAUUAUUUCACUUUUGGCCUGAAAAGCAAAAUCAAGCCAGAGGUUAAUUAG